GGAGAGCUGAGCUCUGGACAGAAAGGCGGACUUGAUGACAGCUGUCAGUGGGGACAAAAACACUACCAGUGUGUGAGGUGAAACCGAAUGGCUCCCCUCUAAACCUCAGGAAGAUAAAGGACAACACCUUGUCAGCAUCGCGCGGAUUUUCAUAAAGGUGUCUUAAAGAUGUCAUCGGCUGGCAGCAGUUUAGAGGAUUGCUCCUUCCAGAGCGCUGGUGAAGCUGAAGCAGUCGGCAACAUGGGGACACAAGGCUGCGGUAGAAAGCGCGCUCCUUUGAAAGAUCGGUUCUCGGCAGAAGACGAGGCUCUGAGUAGCAUCGCUCGAGAGGCGGAGGCAAGGCUGGCAGCAAAGCGAGCAGCUCGGGCCGAGGCCAGAGACAUCCGAAUGAGGGAACUUGAGCGACAGCAAAAAGAGCUUUCUUACCACUCGUCCGGCAGUAGCAGCAGAAAAUGGGGUCACAUCCACCAGUGGAUGGCGGACUCAGAAAAAGCCAGAGCCUCUAGUAGUAGUAAAUCCAGCAGCCGUCAUCAGCGGGGGCUGGACGACGACGUCGCGUCAGUCCGCAGUUACAGGUCGACGUCAUCGGGCAUCCGUGACCUGGGAUCCAUCAAGAGUCGAUCCAGUCCUCGUAAAAAGGACCCCUUGUCCGACAGCCUCUCCACUAGUUCCCAUCUCAAGAGUUCCCGCUCCACUAGUUCUGUGUACAAUGACCUUCUUGGCCAAAAAAAAGCUUCAUCCUCAAAGAAGGGGUUGCUGACUGGACUGUACCACGAUCAAAGGAACUACACCAGCCUUACGAAGACCAGACCACCACCCCUGCCCUCCACCUAUCAACCACGGGCCUCCUCGUCCUCCUCCACCACCAGCACGGGGCUGUCUCGCAGCUACAGCAUGGCCUCUAUUUAUGACGACGCUGGUCUUUACGGCUCAGGCUACAGUUCUAAAGCUCCCUCUGAAUACAGCUGGUACUCCUCAGGAGCCGGCUCCACCGUCAGCAGCCCCGCGCACUCUUCUUCAGACGACGACACGGUCAGCAGCGUGUCCCAGGAGCGCCACCGUCGAGGUCGGAGGGACAGCGCGUCGUCUGACUUCUCGGACAUUAGUGAGUCUGCGGCUGAUUAUUUCAGCCGCUCCAACCGAAGGGGCAGCAUUGUUUCUGACCUCGAUGAGUUGAGCAUUCCAGAUGUGGACGCUCUGGAUGAAAAAUGUGACAAGCAGUUUUCAGAUUACAGUCGGCCGUCUUCCCGCUGCGCCACUCCGGGGCUGUCGGUUGCCGCUCUGGCGUCGCUCGGCGGCACCUCGUCACGGCGAGGAAGCGCGGACGCUGGUAGCAUCUACGACCCCGACACCAGUCUGAGCGAGCUAAAGGACAUCUAUGAACUAAAGGACCAGAUUCAGGAUGUAGAGGGGCGGUACAUGCAAGGGCUUAAAGAGCUGAAGGAGUCACUCGCUGAGGUGGAGGAGAAAUAUAAGAAGGCCAUGGUGUCGAACGCACAGCUGGACAACGAGAAGGCCAACCUCAUCUACCAGGUGGACACGCUGAAGGACGUCAUCGAGGAGAUGGAGGAGCAGACAGCCGAGAUGAAGCGGGAGCUGGAGGAGAAGUCGAAGGAACUGGAACGACAGAAACACACGUGUUCGGUGCUGCAGCACAAACAGGAAGAACUCAAAGAGGGGAUUCGUCAGAGAGAUGAGCUUAUAGAGGAGAGCCAGCGAAUGCAGACUAAGUUAGACGGCCUCACCAGAGAGGUGUUUGACCUGCAGGAGACCAUAAACUGGAAGGACAAAAAGAUGGCGGCCUUAGAGAGGCAGAAAGAGUACUUUGAUUGCAUUAGGAAGGAGAGGGACGAGCUCAGAGAUGAGCUCGCCGACAUCAAGGGGAAGUCCAAAGCAGGAGAGAAACACGGGCUGGUCAUCAUCCCGGACGGAACGCCGAACGGAGACGUCAGCCACGACCCUCUUUCCCCGGGGAUCACUCUGGUUUCCCAGGAGGCCGCCCAGGUCCUGGAGUCGGCAGGAGAGGGUCCUCUGGAUGUGAGGCUACUGAAGCUGGCCGAGGAGAAGGAGGAACUGCUGGCUCAGAUCAGGAAGCUGAAGAACCAGCUGGAGGAGGAGCGACAGAAACACCCGAAGGUGGACGGCGCCUACACCGACGGGGAGAAGAUGGAGAACGGGACGGACCUGCACAUCAUCGAGAUGCAGAGAGACGCCAACAGACAGAUCAGUGAAUACAAGUUUAAACUUUCUAAAGCGGAGCAGGAAAUGGGCACAAUGGAGCAAAAUAUCAGCAGACUUGAAGGGCAGGUGUCCCGGUACAAGGCGGCCUCCGACAGCGCCGAGAAGAUCGAAGACGAGCUCAAAGCGGAGAAACGGAAACUUCAGAGAGAGCUGCGCACGGCUCUGGAUAAGAUCGAGGAGAUGGAGAUGACCAACCAGCACCUGGUGAAGCGUCUGGAGAAGAUGAAGGCCAACCGGAACGCCCUUCUGUCGCAGCAGUGAGGCGGCAGCCCUGGGACUCACACCGCCGCGCGGUAGCGCAGCGUCGCGUCGACACUCGUGUUUUCACUUUGAGGCAUGUAAAUAACCAAAAACUAGCUGCAGCAGAGAAACUCUUUGAAAGGAAACAUCUGUGGGAGGAAACGCUCAGAAGACGAACGAAUCUAAAAGAUGUUGGGAGAUUUCUUUAAUUUAAUUAUUUUUUCAGACUUUUCUACUCCAGCUUGUGAUCCGGGACUUGAGUCGCUCCGGUCCGGGUGCUCGGCGGUGUUCUGACGUGUUGCAUGAACGGGUUUAAAGACGCUUCUGAAACUAUCGAGUCUUUCUGCUGCUCCGAGUCGCUGCCCCAGCUUCCCUCACAGCCAAGUGCCUUUUUCCACUUUGGGAGCGUGGAGGGGGGCGGGGCCUGCACGGCUCAACGAAACCAGAAUUAUUUUAACAGG